AGACUACGAUUUUUUAACUAUCGACCGUGCUAGUAAGUCGCUAUUACUCUUGAUUCACCAUUUAUCACAUCAUAUACAACAAUUAUGGGUUCUUGUAAUGGCUUGGUUUGCAUUUUUCGAGCUGGCUAUUACGAGGAUAUCAUUGUUUGGAACCCUUGUACUGGAAUCUCUCGAGAGGUUCCUAAUCCGUCUUGUCCAUUGGGUUCUUGCUAUCGUUCAUAUGGUUUUGGUUAUGAUUCUUUGUCUAAAGAUUUUAAGAUUAUUUUAGCUGUAGAAGAACAUCCUGAUGAUUCUCAAAGUUGUUUUUAUUAUGUCGAGGUUUUCUCACUCAAACGCAAUUCAUGGAAAAGAAUUCGUUAUGCAGUUAAUCCUCGCGAUAGCAUUGUUGGGGAACCGAGUUACUCAAUGAGAGGAACUCAUAUCAAUGGUGUUUUGUAUUGGAAUAUAAAUGAUGUAUUGCAUGCUUUUGAUUUAGAGUUGGAAACUUUUUCUAUUAUGCCACUACCAAAAACAAGUGACGGCUAUAUAGGUGCUUUGGAUAACUGCCUUAGUUUCACCGAUUCUGCUUUCACUGAUUCUACUGACAUUUGGACUUUGAAACGUUGUGGUGGUGUAAAUUCUUGGGUGAAGUUUAUUUCUUUGACUACCAAGGAUGAUAUACGACCUUUGUACAUGACAAAGGCUGGUAUUGUAGUUAAGGAUGAUAUACGACCUUUGUACACGGAAGAUCUUUCUAGUCAAAGAAUUAUAGCUAAGAGAUUUGUGGAAGAUCAAUUUGAAGAUAUAGUUGCGAUCGCGGUCCCUAGUGGAAGAAUUAGCAGAGUGUUUGAAAUUGGCGAGGGCAGGAGUAUGUGUGAUGCAAUUGCAUACGUGGAAGAUCUUGUUUCUCCAACUGCUUUGAUUUCAGAGAUUGAAGGUGUAAAUACCGAAACAAGGGCCGUUCAAUAUGAUGGAAACAAUGAGGCAGGAUGCCAAUCUCAGAAAAAUAGUUAAGAAAGCUAACUUCAAGAAUCAAAGAGUUCAAUUAGGUGCGUAAGUUGUAUAUAUACUUCUUAAUGAUAGAUUUACUGAAUGUUGUCGGUUCCUAAAAUUUUUGUUGAAUUGAAAAAUUCAUUGGCAAUUUUGUGUUGUACAUGGAGAAUGAUCCUCACAUCAGUAUGAUUUGGAUUAUAAGUUCUGUUAAUAUGGAGAACGAUCCUGGCAUCGAUAUGAUUUGGAAUUAUAUCACUCAAAAAUUAGUAGUUUUCCCA